UUGAAAGUGUGAAAUUGAAGAUCAGAAAUAUAUACUGUUGCUGAGAUGAAGUAAAAGUAAUUUGCCAUAAGGCUAUUUGUAAGAACUAGCAAGAUCUAGUUUGUUACUCUAAAAAUAAACACACACAACAAUCAAGUUGAAGCAUUAAAUGCUUGAAAUUUGGUUGAAACUUAACUAAGAUAUGAAAAAUCAUGCAAGAUGAGGAAAACACUAUAUUCUGCUCUCUGCAUCUCUAAUGCCAAGAUUUAAAAUCUCUCUUUUGGCUGUUUUCUCUGACUCACUAACACCCAGAAGAAUGGUCAUUUGUAAUAACAAAGUGGUCCAAAAGACCUGAAAAAGUUUAAUGCCUCCUGCAUCACAGUGUGCCAAUAAAUAAGCCUUUUGAAGAACAAAAGCUAUGGCCUAAUCAUUCAUUACUGCUUUUGGAAAAAAGAGUUAGUGAAAGUCUCUUUCACUUGCUCAUGAACAGACAUAUAUGACUAAAAUUUUACUAUAAUUGUUGUGGAAUUUGUGGAGCUAUCUUGGAUCAACCCCAACCCACGUGUUUACUUUUUUGCCAAAAGCUCAAACUCUUCAUUGUAGUUAUUUGGUCUAUUCUCUUAAACUAAUCAGGACAAAGAAUAAUUAAUAAUUGCCAUCAGCAAUUCCCCUAUGAAAAAGUCCUUUAGCACUAUGAAUUAUUUACUCUCUUUCCCAUGUCAUGAUGUUAAGGUUACACACUACAGUGCUAAAAACAUAGUCUAAAUUGAUAUUCCAAUGUGUUUCCCACACUGAUAAUGGCUACUCUUCAAGGUUAUGCCUCUCAGAUACUGAUAAGACAUAUUGCUUAAGCUAAACAGAAACUAAUGUUGUUACUGUUAGAUGAAAGGACACAUUGGCCUCAGUAUACAAGACACUCCCGGUCCCUCUAAGUAACAAUCAUCAAACACAAAAAUAAGAGAAGAAAACACAAAUACAAAACAAAUUUACCUUUGUUGUCAGUUAAAAUGAACUCAUGCAUUCAUUUUUACAGAACUGUUUUCAUCUAUCAGUUUCAAAAGUUGAAAUGUAUGAGUUAAUUUUGACCUAUAGAAGAAGUUCGAUUCAUUUUAUCUAAUAAAUCUUUUCUUUAGCAAGUGUUUGUGAAAAGGGUUAUCCAAAAGAACUUGAUCUGAAACCUAGUAGUGAGGGGGGCUCCACAGCAGAAAAAAGUGUAGUAGGUAAUCUAUAUAACCUAUCCUUCUGAUUUUGAACAAACAAUAAUCAUUGUACGGCUGAAACUGGCCAGCUAGAGUGUUGGAAUGUUGUUAAGGACAAACUACAUUCACAAUUAAGAUCACCUGAGGUGAUGGAAAACCAAAGGGGGGGAUUUUUCUUUGCAAUUGUACUAUUCUGAACAAGAUAUUGUGGUGUGUGAUGCAUUGGUGAAAGCUCUGAUACCUGCUGAAGAUUGGACCCACUUAAGACCAUGCAAGAAAGAGAAUAAAAUAAAGCUAGCCAUUAGCUGACCCAGUUGAGGGGUCUCUUACAUACGUUUUUAGUAUCAGAACCACAACUGAAAAUUCACUGUUUCAUACUAAGAAGUUGGUUGGUCGUGUCCAUUUGCUCAACCAAGUGAUAUCUCUAAGGUGCUAAACACAUUCAGAUCAUCAACUUGAGGAAGUGUCUCAACUCAACUCAACUGUUUCUACUAUCAAGGUGUGGAGUUUCACCACCUCGAGACAGAAUAACAAAAUACUGAUUCUCCCAUGAUGCUGCUCAAUUUCUUGGUCCUGCUCUAUUCUGUGGUUCCUGAGGAGACAAAUCAUUCAAAUUCUACUUCAUUUUGGCAAGAUUUGCAUUCCAACUGGCUCUACCCCACUUUAAACUCUCCACCUCUGGUUAUAAAAGGAGCACACGUUGUUUCCUCUCUUCAGUAUCAUCAGUUCAUCUUCCAAUUCCUUGGUGUCUUGUUCUAUUGACUCAAUCUUUUCUACUUUUUCUUAACACCCUUUGAGCUAUACCAUUUCCUAGAGCAAACCUCAUACCUAAACUCUUUGCUAAUCACUGCCUUCUGCAAAUGGCAUCAAGCUCAAUGUCUUCCACUGGCUCAUGGAGUGCCAAGGACAACAAAGCCUUUGAAAGGGCUCUAGCUGUUUAUGACAAAGACACUCCUGACCGCUGGUACAAUGUUGCUAAGGCUGUUGGUGGAGGGAAGACCCCAGAAGAAGUCAAGAGGCACUAUGAACUCCUCCUCAGGGAUGUUAGGCACAUUGAAUCAGGACAAGUUCCCUUCCCAAAUUACAAGCAAAGUGGAGGGUCUCAAGAGGAGAAAAGGUAGUGCUGCAUUCUAUGUCUUCUAUCAGUUUAUGCUCAGUAACUCCUACAAAACUUCUUUUUUCAGUUUAUGUUGCAAUGCUUUUCAGUAAACACCUUAAUCAUAAACACAUUAACUAAGUCUGAGUUAAAUUUCUUAAGAAGUGAACUUCAAACUUUAAAACUAGUUCAACUUACAGAACUGGUUGCACCAUGUAAAUUUACCUUAUUUCUAUAUGAAAUCUUCAACAAACUUAUUCACAUGUUUGACCCCUAAGCAUACUGAUAUAAUCAUUGGAAGGUGAUAAUUCAUGAGCUACUUUCACAAAGCUCUGCAUGAGUUUUUCUAAAUGAACACUGAUGUUCAUGAACUAUGCAAAACAUCCAUAAAAUUCUAGGAAGAAUGAUUUUUUCAUCACAGAGCACAAGUUGGUAUAGCAGUGGUUAAUCAUAAGCACAGAUUUAUCAAGU